ACUUAAAAUGUCAAUGUCAGAAUAUCUUGUACGAUUGUGAUGUGAUGUGUUGGAGUUUAUUUAUUUUAUAACACAUUUUAAUAAUUUAGAAGUGUAAAUAAAAAAAUAAAGAUGACCACGUUUGACUCCAAAUAUGAUAUGUACCCCACGGGUGAUGUAGGUAUUGUAGAGGGUGAGAUGAACAUCCCUGGCAGAGGUGGUGUCCCAUCUGGCGACAGCAUGGAGUUCAAUACUCUAGACGAACCUAUCAAAGAAACAUUUCUUCGAGAUCUGAGAGCAGUUGGAAACAAAUUUUACCAUGUUCUCAUUCCUAGAGAAAAAUCUAGUUUGUUAAAAGAAUGGGAUCUAUGGGGCCCACUGUUACUGUGCACACUCAUGGCAACCAUCCUCCAGGGGGCAGAGAGAGUGAACGAUAUCAAAGAUGGAGGACCUGAGUUUGCCCAAGUGUUUGUGCUUGUAUGGAUAGGAGCUGCUGUGGUCACACUAAACUCUAAAUUAUUGGGCGGUAACAUAUCAUUCUUCCAGUCUGUGUGCGUGCUGGGCUACUGCCUGCUGCCGAUCGCGAUGUCGCUCAUUAUAUGCCGUAUCAUCCUGUUCAGCACUCAGACCACGUUCCUCUUCUUUCUGAGGUUCGCCAUCUCCAUGACGGGCUUUCUUUGGGCCACUUAUGCCGCCACGAAAUUCCUAGGUGACAGUCAACCAGAAGGCAAAAAGGCGUUGGCGGUGUACCCUAUAUGUUUGUUCUACUUCAUUCUCUCCUGGCUAGUCGUGUCUCGUAGUAACGUGUAGGCAUUGUUAUGUAAGUGUAUUUAUUGUGAUACAAACUCGAACGUUUUGUGAAUAUAUGUUUACUUAAGUGGGUUAAAUUGUAUGUAUUAAUGCAAUGUCGUGUGACGCGCGGGGGGUGCGGGGGAGUCAACGAAUAGUCUCGACACGAUCACUAUACUCAUGGAUCACCGGUGAUCCAUUGCCAUUAAGCCGGUGACUCAUGAGUGAGGAUAAAAAUUGUAAAACGAAACACUGAAAAAAAGCAUCAAGCCCCUUAAAAUGACCAGAAAAAAUGCGAUUUAUAAGUCGAUGACGAUUUAUAAGUUUGUGAUUGAUCGAGAGACCAAUGUGUCACGUGUCAAGCAAUCACAUUAAAACGACACGGAGUUGCAUCGUGUUUUUCCCACAUUCUAAGCAUGCAGGUUCGAUUAAGUUUUUGUAAUAAAAACGAACUCGUAUUUAUAUAUAUCACUAGGUUUCACUAGCUUGAAAUACUCUUCCCGGGAGCCAUAAAAUAAUCUAAGACAAAUUCUGUAAUGGAUGCCAGGACUUCUCAUGGAAUAAACGUUUAUAAAGCUAGUGGCGCGUUGAGACGUUAUCGUGUGGUCAAUUCGUCGACUCCCCCGAAAAAUAAUGUAAAGUAUUUGAUGUGGUUUCGAUAAUAUUACUCUUAAAUUAUGGCACAAUAUAAACAUUCCUACGUUCGUACUUCUAUUAAACUGUAGUAGAUAAAGGCAAUUUUGUAUAUAUUAUCAAUUAAAAGGCUAUUUUCUGUC